CUGUUUGAAUUGUCUGACACCCAAUGCGUUGUAGAUAUCUGCCGCGUUUUCGGUUUCGCGGCGGACUGACGACGAAGGCGCGCGCGGACGUCCACACACAUCUGUCAUUCGAGGUGCUUUCUUCGGUCAGGGUUCAAAGGGGUUUGACGGCAACUACGACGAAAAUAAAAAAAAACAGAUCCAGACAGGCGUCCGUCAGUCAGGGCAGGUCAGUUCUGAAAAUAGGGCCAAACGAUUCCCACACCAGAAUACAAACAUUAAGAACAACAACAACACAAAUAGUAUUAUUAUAGUGUGUGCGCGAGUGUGUUCGUGCGAGUUGGCUACUGCUGUUGCUGACAGAGAGAGAGAGAGAGAGAGAGACAGAAGAAACCCACCUGGAGGUCAGCAUCAUCAUCAUCUUCGACGAGACACCCAUAUGUGGCAGGUGUUGAACCACCGCCGAGUGACGCGCUUCGUCGACGUCCUUCUGAGGGUGCCACCCCUCUUCAUCAUCGAUGAGAUCCUCAAGGCGGGUGUCAGCUUCGCCGACAUUCCCGCCGACAAUGACUUUAUCAACCAGAAGAGCGCCGGUCACGAUGAUGUCAACAACAUCGUCACGAUCACCAACCAUUCCAACAUCAUCUUCUCCUCCUCCUCCUCCUCCUCUUCAUCAGCAUCUGCUUCAUCCCCAUCCCAAUCCCCUAUUGACGACAUCACCAACACAUAUGACAGCACCAUGUAUAGGUACCUCUUCAUGUACAUCUUCCAGAUUUUGCUGAGCAGUACAGGAUGCUUAGCUGCACUCUGUCUGUUUGUGCUGAAGACCAAACACUUGAUGCCGGUGUACAUUUACCUGAUGUCCGUGGGCAUCGUCUUCGUGUCGUACUGGACGAACGUGAGCACCAUGAAAACGGCGAUCGCGACGUUCAACGUGCCGGAUGUGGUUGAAGUGCCGAGGAUGCUCGAGGACUUCCUCUCGCUCAACUUCAACAAGAUCAUCGAUCCGGAUGGACCGUCGUUCCCGAUACUGCAGAACUUGCUGCUGCAACUGGGACUCACCUUCGUCUUCAUGAAGGUCCAUCUGGGACCGCGCUAUCGCGUCCUCCAAUCGCUGCUACCGCUCUCGUUCCUGGCGCCGUCCGUGCUCGCGAUGUUGCCGAUGCCCGCAUCAGUUCUUCAGCAGGCGCCGAUCUUCUCAGCCCUUUUACCGCUUGCGGUCGUCAAAUUUGUGGUAUGGGCAUCCCUGAUCACAAUAUCGCGCAUCAUCUACUCCGGCCUCAUGCACACGAAGACGUACCUCACUCAGUUUGGAAUGUCCGCUCUGAUUGAGGCGGAAUGGUCCAGAUUGGGCGUGCCCCAGGUGCUGAGAACCUUUUGGAUCCUGCGAGUCUUCGAGCACACCGGUAUCUUCUUCAUCUCGGAUCUGUGGAACGGUGGCGGAGGUGGAGUAAUUGGAGGUGGUCUGCAAGCAACAGCAGGAGCAGCAGCGGAAAGCAAUCUGACGCCCGCAUUUCGUCUGCUCAAGAGCACCUUGGUCACCGGAUGCGACACUCUGACCGCCGUCCUCGGCAUCACCAGCAUCGUCUCUUACCUCUGUCACCACAUCGGCAAGUUCUUCCAGUGGAUCCUGCUGACGAACGACGAUAACGACAAGGGUCUGGGCACCGUCUCGGCCAUCCUCUUCUACAUACUCGCACUGCAGACCGGCCUCACCAGUCUCGAACCGGAGAAACGAUUCGUCCGACUGUGCCGCAACUUUUGCCUCCUCUUCACCGCUCUCCUCCACUUCAUCCACAACACCGUGAAUCCGCUGCUGAUGAGUCUGAGCGCCUCCCACAAUCCAUCCAAGGAGAAGCACUUCAGGGCGCUCGCAGUCUGCGGCUUCCUCGUGCUCUUCCCCAUUCUGCUCCUCUACUACCUGUGGUCUCACCAUCCCGUCUCCACGUGGCUGCUCGCCGUCUCCGCCUUCAGUACGGAGGUGAUCGUCAAGGUGGCCGUCUCCCUGUGCAUAUACUCGCUGUUCCUGUUGGACGCGCGCAAGGAGACCUUCUGGGAACGACUCGACGAUUACGUCUACUACAUCCGGGCGUUCGGUAACACCGUCGAGUUCUGCUUCGGCAUCUUCCUCUUCUUCAACGGCGCCUGGAUCCUGGCCUUCGAGAGCGGCGGUGCCAUCCGCGCCGUCAUGAUGUGCAUUCACGCCUACUUCAACAUCUGGUGCGACGCCCGCGCCGGCUGGUCGGUCUUCAUGAAGCGACGGUCGGCGGUGAAAAAGAUCGACAGCCUCCCCGAGGCGGCCGAACAUCAGCUCAAGUCUCUGGACGACGUGUGCGCCAUCUGCUACCAGGACAUGCAGACCGCGAAGAUCACCCGCUGCAAGCACUUCUUCCACGGCGUCUGCCUGCGCAAGUGGCUCUACGUCCAGGACCGUUGCCCUCUCUGUCACGAGAUACUGCACGCCGCAAAUUCGGGCAACACGACGCCCGCAGCCGACGCACCGCAGCAAGAGGAACAACAGCAGCAGCAACCUCCACCACCGCCGCCGUCGCCGCUGCCACCACCUCAGGAAGAAGGAGGCGUCGUCGUCGUCAAUCAUAGGUGAUAAUUUUAAACUUACCGUCGCGCUCCGCUCGAUCCUCGACUGCUAUCGAUAUAAUUAUUAUGAUUCUCUCCUCAAAUACAACUUGAAAUUUCUUCUUUUUUCUUUCAUUUUCUGAAACAAAAAAUAAGAAUCAGCCAAAACAAACAAAAAAAACAGACAAAAUUUAGUUAAUUUUAACAAUCGGUGGAUGACGAGACGAGGAUGAGGGCAUUUCAUUAAUCAUAUCGGUUGCAUCCAAUUAUCAAAUUAUUAUUAUUAUUAACUUUUCUCAUGUUUGUGAUCCUGUUGACGCGCGUAACUACGUUCCUCCGUUCGGUUCGGCGACUCGACCCGACUUCACUCGAUUACCACCAACUAAUUUAACAAUUUUGAAUAACGAUGAUUCGAUUAUUGAAUGAGAGAACUCGUGAAUUUACUCACCGGUCGGGAUUGAGGGAUGAAGGAAAUAGGUAGAAGGACAUCAGAGCAUCAGGUCUUUUUUUUGUUCCAUUAACAAACCGACGACGUCAUUUUUCGCGAACACGUUACCAACAGACUAAACUCAAAUGUCCCUAAUGCUGCUGUUAUUAUUUAAAUAUUUCUCAUCACAAUCCAAUUUGAAUAAUUUGUCGUGGAGCGCGAAUGAACCGAUUUAAUGUUAUUAUUAUCUUUUCAUUUUUUUUUACUAUGCUUUCAGCUCUAUGAGCGGUGAUUUUUAAUUAUAAUAAUUAUUAUUACAUGUA